CCAUCUCCGAGCAGACGGGGGCCGGUGUGUGUGUGUGUGUGCGCGCCGCCGUCGCGGGCAGCGCGGCCGCCCGAGGGAAGUAAAAUGUCCACUCGGACUCCAUUGCCCACGGUGAACGAGCGCGACACCGAGAACGAUGUCGGCUCAUCAUUGGGGGAAGGCUUUUGCGAAAAGCACGCAUCCCAUGCAGAUGGACGGCAGGAAGUUUCCUCUCGAACUGGGCGCUCUGGAGCUCGCUGCAGGAGCUCUAUAGCUUCCUGCGCAGAUGAGCAGCAGAAUAUUGGAAAUUACAGGCUCCUUAAAACGAUUGGAAAGGGGAAUUUUGCAAAAGUAAAACUGGCAAGGCACAUCCUAACUGGCAGAGAGGUGGCCGUAAAAAUAAUUGACAAAGCACAGCUGAACCCAACUAGUCUACAAAAGCUCUUUAGAGAAGUAAGAAUAAUGAAGAUCCUAAAUCAUCCAAAUAUAGUGAAGCUAUUUGAAGUCAUUGAAAAGGAAAAAACUCUGUAUUUAGUAAUGGAAUAUGCAAGUGGGGGGGAAGUGUUUGACUAUCUGGUUGCACAUGGAAGAAUGAAGGAAAAGGAGGCUAGAGCUAAAUUUAGACAGAUAGUAUCUGCAGUGCAGUAUUGCCAUCAAAAGCAUAUUGUUCAUAGAGAUCUCAAGGCUGAAAAUCUACUGCUAGAUGCAGAUAUGAACAUUAAAAUAGCUGACUUUGGUUUUAGCAAUGAGUUUACAGUCGGAAAUAAACUGGACACCUUUUGUGGCAGCCCACCAUAUGCUGCUCCAGAGCUCUUUCAAGGGAAAAAAUAUGAUGGACCUGAAGUAGAUGUUUGGAGUUUAGGUGUUAUCCUUUAUACUCUUGUGAGUGGAUCUCUUCCUUUCGAUGGACAGAACUUAAAGGAACUUAGAGAAAGAGUGCUAAGAGGAAAAUACAGGAUUCCUUUCUACAUGUCCACAGACUGUGAAAACCUCCUCAAACGUUUCCUGGUGCUAAACCCAACAAAAAGAGGCACUCUAGAGCAAAUUAUGAAGGACAGGUGGAUCAAUGCAGGGCAUGAGGAGGAUGAACUUAAACCUUUUGUUGAACCAGAACUAGACAUCUCGGACCAGAAAAGAAUAGAUAUUAUAGUAGGAAUGGGAUAUUCUCAAGAAGAAAUUCAAGAAUCCCUUAGUAAAAUGAAGUAUGAUGAAAUCACAGCUACAUACUUACUGCUAGGAAGGAAAUCAUCAGAGUUGGAUGCAAGUGAUUCAAGCUCCAGCAGCAAUCUUUCACUUGCCAAGGUUAGGCCAAGUAGUGAUCUUAAUAAUAGCACUGGACAAUCUCCUCAUCACAAAGUUCAGAGAAGCAUAUCUUCUAGCCAGAAACAGCGGCGGUACAGUGAUCACGCUGGACCAUCCAUCCCCUCAGUAGUGGCGUAUCCCAAAAGAAGCCAGACUAGUACUACAGACACUGACCUCAAAGAGGAAGGAAUUCAGUCAAGAAAAUCCAGCAGUAGUGCUGUUGGAGGAAGAGGAAUUGCACCAGCUAGUCCAAUGCUUGGAAAUGCCAGCAAUCCCAAUAAGGCUGAUAUUCCUGAACGUAAGAAAAGUUCGGCUGUUCCUAGGAAUAAUACUGCCCCCGGAGCAAUGACACGGCGCAACACAUAUGUUUGUAGUGAAAGAACCACUGCUGAUAGGCAUUCAGUGAUACAAAAUGGCAAGGAGAAAAGCCUGACAGAAAUGUUCGCUUACGCAGCUAGUCCUGCUUCAGUUUGUACUACAUCCUUCUCCAGUGUUCGGCUGCGACAUCAGAAGUCGAUGUCCAUGUCAGCCUCUGUGCACACGAAGAUGAUGUUGCCUCCAAUAGACAAUGGCGCAGAUAACUUCAGGCCUAUCACUAUUCCCGAUCAAAGAACUCCCGUUUCUUCAACUCACAGCAUUAGCAGUGCAACCACACCUGAUCGUAUUCAUUUCCCCAGAGGAACGGCUAGUCGGAGCACUUUCCACGGCCAGCUCAGAGAGCGACGUACUGCUACCUACAACGGACCACCAGCCUCCCCCAGUCUGUCCCAUGAAGCAACACCGCUCUCACAGACUCGAACCAGGGGUUCCACCAAUCUAUUUAGUAAACUAACUUCAAAACUAACAAGAAGAAACAUGUCAUUCAGGUUUAUCAAAAGGCUCCCGACUGAAUAUGAGAGGAACGGGAGAUUUGAGGGCUCAAGCCGCAACGUAGCUGCGGAUCAAAAGGAUGAGAACAAGGAAGCCAAGCCUCGGUCUUUGCGUUUUACCUGGAACAUGAAAACCACCAGCUCCAUGGAUCCCAAUGACAUGAUGAGGGAAAUACGAAAGGUCCUGGAUGCCAAUAAUUGUGACUAUGAACAAAGAGAGCGUUUCUUGCUUUUCUGUGUCCAUGGAGAUGGGCACGCGGAAAACCUUGUACAGUGGGAGAUGGAGGUGUGUAAACUGCCAAGACUGUCGCUGAAUGGAGUUCGCUUUAAGCGGAUAUUGGGAACAUCCAUAGCUUUUAAAAACAUUGCUUCCAAAAUUGCCAAUGAGUUAAAGCUGUAACAAGAAAAAUAGUUAAGUUGUAAAUUAGUUAGCAAUUUCAAGUGUUUUUGAGAAUUCUGAUGGAAAUGUAUAGAAUAACAUUUAGGCAAUAACUUCUGCAUCCUUCUGAAUAGUGAUAUUAAAAAAAAAAAAAGCUGCUGAGCUGGGAGGGAGAGUUGGACUUUUUUAUAAGUGCACUACAGCAUUAAAGUUGCCUACUAUGUAAAAUAUUACCCCUUCUGCUUUAUUUCCAUUGCUCCUAAGUCUUUGACAACAAAUUGAAACACAGAAUAUAUUCAUUUAAAUAUGCCUCCUGUUUGUGUGGACGUGUGAAUGUACAGUAUGUGUGUAUAAUAUAUAAAGUAUUAUAUGUAAACAAUUCAUUUACAACAUCGAGCUGUACCAGUACCUCUUUUUGGGCUAAUUUUGGUGCUAAAAAUUGAAAUGGCCAAGGAGGAAACACUUGAGUUAAUAUUUAAAAUAACUGAAGCGAUAACCAGUAAAUGCAGGUUUACAGUUCACUGCUGUGUUAAGAAAAAAGAAAAAAAAAAAAGUGUGUGAAGGGUUUGGAUUUACGGUUGUGAACAUUAUUAGUCCUGUUUUCUAAGUAGAUUUCACGAGAUUAUUAAAAAUUCACUUUUACUGAAUAAGUCUUGCAUUAUAUUUUGCCCACCUAUUUAUUAUUUAAGUCUGAAUCAAAUUAAAAAAAUGUAGCUGAUUUGCGCAUUAAAAUUUGGGUAAACGCUUCCAUGCUUCUGCUAAACUACUAAAACUGUAUCUUUGUCCUUUUGGCUUAUGAGUAUUGAUUGCAGCUAAGAACACUUUUCUGUUGUUCCACCGUUCCUCUACAACCGUUCCUCUGCAGAAUGAGGCAGUCUAAAAGGGCGUGCUAAACGCUGACUAGCGACUUCUGCUUUCAGACCAAGUUCUCCACGUUAGACUAGGUCAGACUGAUGCAAAGCACAACAGGACUCUCAGAUAUCAACUGUAUUUUGAUGCAAGUUGCCACGUCCAGUCGGUGCCGUUCCGAGGUUUUGCUGCACGGUUGGCAAUACCCUCCUGCGCCUUCUGGGCACGCACGGUAUUGAAACCCAAAAGCGGGAAUCAAAUUGGCUACCGCUCUCCUCUGUUGUAACGUCCAACUUGCUAAACUACAGCCGUGGGCAGUAGCAGUUAAAACCUUUCCUUGCAGCUCUCUUCCAGCGUGCUUCCACUCGGCCCUGGGUGUAUGGCUUUCCAUGGCUUCGUGCCACUUGUGUCUCCAGCUUCUGCUGCGCGGGGAGUCCACUGCCGCUUUUUUAACGUGCGGUGUGGAAACCCGCCCGUGGUGGAACUCUCGGAUGGCCAACUAGCUUUCUGUAGGACGCGAAGCAACUCUGGGAUGGUCCCCACUUUUUAACCAUCACUGUGGUGAGGCAGAUUUGAUUUUUUGCAAACUAGAAUGAAGAAAUUUCUUCAUGCGUUGUUCCCUACUGAUACUCAGUUUAUUUCAUCAAGGACUUCUGUAGAUAAUAUCCGGCAGUAUCUACCUGACUUUUUGUAUUAAUGUUUUAUGGUUAUAUUUCAGUGAAGCACUUAAAGCACAUGUUAAGUACAUGCUUAAACUGGAGCCUAAAUUUGCAUUUUAAAUUUGCAGUGAGCUAAUAGUUAUUCAUAGUACACGGUUCAGAUUUGACCCGAGGUGAAAAGGCAAAAUCCUUAACAUUUUGCGAGUUAGUUCUUGUGAUCCGUAGUCUCUGAAGGCAGCAGACUUCCCCCUCAGCAUCGGUAUUGAUUAUGCUAGUUUAAAGGGUAGUCGUAGUUGUUAAGUGUAGUAAAUAUUCCUGAAUUUGCAUUUUAUUCUCUGUAUAUUCUGUAUCACACCAUGGCUUGAGAACUCCAGGUGCUUACCGGAGUUCGGUUGGCUUUCAGUGCUCUGCCCGUGCCUGUGCUGCUCCGUAUGGUUUUUUCCAUGAAAACUCCAUUUUGUAAUAGCAAUAAGCCAUUUCAGGGCAGUCAUUGUACUUUCUCAGGUGAAUGGUCACCUCUCCUUUCACUUCCUACGUUUAAAGCACUCCUCCAAAUGUAUUUUUUUUCACCCGGCAGUGCACUUUGUCGUCUGAACUGGAAAAGUGUUCUGAUAAAUGAUGUAAAUCUGUAUUCGAUGGAAGAUCCAAAAGGUUUCAUAUUAAAUGUUUUCUGAAAUACUC